AUGCCCCUCCCCGGCGCCCGGUUUCCCUUUCCCGCCGCCACGAAACCCCAGUCACGCUGCCCGGCGAUUCCCCUUCCCGUUGCUCGACUCCCUGUUCUCGCCGCCCGAUUCCCCUUCAUGCCUCCCGAUUCUUCUUUCCCGCCGGCCGCGUUCCCUUUCCCGUCGCCCUACUCCUCUUCGCUUCUCGCCGCCCGAUUCGCGUUCCCGCCACCCGCUUCCCCUUUCCCGCCGCCCGAUGCGCCUUCCCGCCGCCCGAUUCCCUUUUCCCGCCGCCAGACAUGCCUUCCCGCCUCCCUAUUCCCUUUUCCGUCGCCCGACUAUUCUUCUCUCCCUUCCCUCCUUCCCUCCCUUCCCUCCUUUCCCUUCAAUCCCUCCCUUCUCUCCCGUCUCGCCCUUCUCUUCCUUUCCCCCCUCCCUCCUUCCCUCCCUUCCCUCCCUUCCCUCCCUUCUCUCCCUUCUCUCCCUUCUCUCCCUUCUCUCCCUUCCCUCCCUUCCCUCCUUUCCCUUCAAUCCCUCCCUUCUCUCCCGUCUCGCCCUUCCCCUCCCUUUCCCCCUUCCCUCCUUCCCUCCUUCCCUCCCUUCCCUCCCUUCCCUCCCUUCCCUCCCUUCCCUCCCUUCCCUCCCUUCCCUCCCUUCCCUCCCUUCCCUCCCUUCCCUCCCUUCCCUCCCUUCCCUCCCUUCACGUCCCUGCCUUCCCUCCUUCCCUCCCUUUCCCUCUCUUCCCCCCAUUUGCUACCUUCCCGCCCUUCUCUCCCCCCUGCAGGCUAUCUCCCUUUUCUCGCUUUAUGCCUCCCACCGCCUCAACCUGCCUUCCCAUCUCCCCUUCAUGUCUCCCACCACCUUUCCCUUCCUUCUCAACCCGCCUUCAUGCCUCCCACCACCUUUCCCUGCAUGCCCAUCCCCCUUUCAUACGUCCCACCUCCUUUCUCCGCCUUCCCGUCUCCCAUUCAUGCCUCCCAGCACCUCUCCGUGCCUUCGUACUUUCUUCCCUCCCUUCCACCCUUUCUCACUGGGCCACUCUUUGUUCUGCUCGUAGGGGCAAACCGAACCUCCCAUCCCCUUCCAGCACUUCCCAUCCCCUUCCAGCCCCUCCCAUCCCCUUCCAGCACCUCCCAUCCCCUUCCAGCCCCUCCCAUCCCCUUCCAGCACCUCCCAUCCCCUUCCAGCCCCUCCCAUCCCCUUCCAGCCCCUCCCAUCCCCUCCCAGCCCCUCCCAUCCCCUUCCAGCCCCUCCCAUCCCCUUCCAGCCCCUCCCAUCCCCUUCCAGCCCCUCCCAUCCCCUUCCAGCCCCUCCCAUCCCCUUCCAGCCCCUCCCAUCCCCUUCCAGCCCCUCCCAUCCCCUUCCAGCCCCUCCCAUCCCCUUCCAGCCCCUCCCAUCCCCUUCCAGCCCCUCCCAUCCCCUUCCAGCCCCUCCCAUCCCCUUCCAGCCCCUCCCAUCCACUGGGUGCCCCUCCUAUCCAUACGCACACCGCUGCUUUGUUUCCUUACGCACUUCACAAAGUUCCCUACUCCCUUCUUCUGUUCCCCGCCAGAAAUCAAAGAUGUUCUAGUGGCGAUGUGGGCAUCGGCAACGGUUGAUGCUUGA